GAAAGCCGGAUGCCCAGUCGCCGGUUUGAUUCCUGUUCUCUUCUUCCGUUUCGCGAUCGAAACAGAGGAGCCUGAAUCGGAUCUCCCAAGUUCGCCGGAGAAAAGGGAGUUGAAGCUUCUUCCCAGAUACUCGAUUGCUCUGCGAGACCAUGUCGAGGGAGAGACCUAGAAGAGCCGCUCUGCCACCCGCGCAAGAGAACAUAGAGAAAUUCGAGAAGGUUGUCAAUGAGGGAAAUUUCUAUGGAGCUCAGCAGAUGUACAAGUCCAUCAGUGCAAGAUAUAUAUCCGCAGAACGGUAUGCGGAAGCUCUGGAUAUUCUUCAGUCAGGUGCAUGCAUCCAGCUGACGCAUGAACAGGUCACCUGUGGAGCAGAGCUUGCAGUAUUGUUUGUGGAAGCACUUGUCAAAGGAAAAUAUCCUUGUGAUGAUGAAACCAUAGAUCGUGUCAGGAAAAUCUACAAGAAGUUUCCUCAAAUUUCAGUACCCCACCAGUUGGGAGAUGAAGAAGUGGAUGAUGAUAUGCAGAAACUUUCAGAAGCCAUUAGUGCAGCAAAAACACGCUUUGAGUGCUGUUCGUCAUUCUUGAAAGCUGCUUUAAAGUGGUCCGCACAGUUUGGAUCUCAUAAGAGUGGAGCACCAGAAAUACAUUCCAUGCUAGCAGAGUACAUAUUCUCUGAAUCUCCUGAAGUGGAUAUGGCUAAAGUUUCUUUUCACUUUGUUAGAGGAAACAAUCCCAAGAAGUUUGCUUCAACUUUAGUAAAUUUUAUGGGAAAGUGUUAUCCUGGUGAAGAUGAUUUGGCCAUUGCACGGGCAGUACUAAUGUAUUUAGCAUUAGGGAAUUUACGAGAUGCCAAUGAUCUCCUUGACGAGAUAAAGAAGCAAGUGGAGUCCAAGAAUCUCGAACUUCCCAGCUCAGAAUUGAUGCAGUUCAUACAAUAUCUGUUACAAGUAUUGCAAAGGGAUGCAUUGCCCCUUUUCAACAUGUUGAGAGCAAACUACAAGUCGAGCAUUGACAGGGAUCCAUCAUUCAACGAGUUUAUGGAUCUAAUUGCGGAGAAGUUUUACGGGGUACAGCGUAGGAAUCCUCUGCAAGGAAUCUUUGGAGACAUCUUCAAGAUGAUGGGAGCUGAAUAGCGGAUAUCAUCGAAAAGGCUGAAAUUAUGUUCUUCCUCUAACGCUAGCUCGUAGCUGAAGGAUCCACCCAACCAAGAUUCCAGAAGCAUCAUAUUAUCAGUUAGCAUCCGAGGGGAGAUUCAGAGCGGCAUAUACAUUGAUACCGAUUAUAGCAUAUGUUACAUGAUUUUGAGUUAUUUUUUGUUAUCUGUUGUAUUCCUUCCAUCCGAACAAACUUUCUUUUUCCACAUCAAUGAUCACGUUUGAACUCGUGACUCUGGUCUGCAUUGUUUAUUUUAGUUGAUUAUCAUCA